UUUUAUGUCACUUGCGGCUCAACAACACUUCAACAUGCCUGUGAUUCGAGUCUGAAUGAGUCACCUGUGUACACAUUUUGGGAGUACUUGUACAUGUUUGGGUACUGUCACACUGCCAAUAUUUAUUGUAGGCUAUAAAUCUCUAUGAAUGAAGAAUUAUUUCAUUUAAAGGCAAUAGUAUCAGUUACCCUAAAUUCACUAGGCAUUAAGACUUAUUAGACUUUCAUUGGAAUAUUUCCGAACUUUUUUUAGAAAAAAAAAAAAGAUUUCAUGACAGAAUUGAUGCCUUUAUGUGGAACAUUUUAUGAUAAACGAUGAUAGACACAUUUCGGGCAAAGCUCGCCAGGAGGAGUUGAUUAUUCUGGAGGUGUGUGAAUGGCCCACUCCAGGGCAGUUUUCCUUGACGAAAUUGGGGGACGGUCAAUAAGUCCAUAUAAAGUAGACUCUCACAGCGAGGAUACAAGCAGCGAGCGGUGACAACGAGGACCAGUAAGACGUGCUAGACAUGGAGAUGCUCGCUAAACUCGUGUUCCCCAUCGUGAUAAUCUCCGUGCUGGUCGCUUGCAGUCCGGCGGAGGCAUGGUACAAGCAGGUGGCCGGUCCAAGUUACUACUCGGUGGGCAGGGCGUCCGGCUUGCUGUCCGGUAUCCGGAGGUCACCAUACGUCAGAAGAGCAGAGCCGGACCCGUCAGACAACGGGGAGUCUGCGACCAACAGCGUGUUUGAAGUAACUCCGCAAAAUUCCAUCCUGAAGACAAUGCCUGUUUGUAUCAAAGACAUUACACCAAACCUGCAGAGCUGUCAACUGGUCCAGGAACUCAAAGGUUCAUUUAAGUGCAAAGCAGAAGUCUUCCUCUCUCUGGACUUCUCAGACUGUGCAAGAGACUGAGCUGUAUACCCGGCAGCUGGGCUGGAUAAUAAAGCCUACUUCUUGAAGGCCUGACUCUAAAAUAAAAAUAAAACUGUUCAUUUCUCUAACUUCAUGUUUAACAUUGGUGUUGCACUAGAUGGUAGACCUGCUAUUUUUAGUUUACCAUUUCACCAAUUUAUUUAUUGAUUUUAUGAUACAUGUAUUAAUUUUAAUCUGUAAAUGUAUCAAGUACAUAUUUGAUCUGAGUUUUCAUUAAUAAAUGAAUCAUAUUGCA